AUGGAAUCCCAAAAAGAGAUGAUGAGUCAGUUGUCUGAAUUGCUGAUGGGAAGAAUGGAUAAAGGAAAGGGCCCCAUGGAUAAUGUUUGGGAAAAUAAUGAAAACCCUCAAUAUCCUCCUGGCUUCACUCCGACACAUGUACUGAUGCAGCCUAAGAUUAGUCUGCAUAGACCAUCUAUUAAAAUCUUGCCUCAGCAGUUGCAGAAGAAAAAGAAGGCAAGGAUAGAAUCACAAAAACAAUUGGAAGAACGGUGUAAAUGGCUGGAGGAAAAAUUAAGAACUAUGGAAAGUGUCGAUAGUCAUCACGGGAUUGAUGCUAAGGACCUAAGUUUGGUCCCAGACUUGGUCCUUCACCUCAAGUUUAAAAUGCCUGAAUUUGAGAAGUACAAUAGAACAAGCUACCCUAAAGCUCAAAUCACUAUGUUUUACAGGCGAAUAAUGAGAUACGUCAACAAUGACCAGCUACUAAUUCACUGUUUCCAGGACAGUCUGGUUGGGGCGGUAUCUAAAUGGUAUAACCAAUUAAGCCGUGCUAAGAUUAACUCAUGGACAAACCUAGCUCAAGCUUUUAUGAAACAAUAUAAUCAUGUGAAGGACAUGACCCACGACAGAAUCACUCUCCAGAAUAUGGAGAAGAAACCAAAUGAAAGUUUCAGACAGUAUGCGCAAAAAUGGAAAGAAGUUGCUAUACAAGUUCAGCCGCCGCUUUUAGAAAAGGAAACCACAAUGCUCUUUAUCAACACUUUGAAGGCCCCUUUUAUUACUCAUAUGUUGGGGAAUGCCACCAAAAGCUUCUCAGACAUAGUGAUGACGGGUGAAAUGAUUGAAAAUGCUAUAAGGAGUGGCAAAAUCGAAGUAGGGGAAAGUACCAAAAGGUCGGCCCCGAGGAAAAUAGAUAAUGAAGUGAACAACACGAGCACAUUCAGUAAGGGUUAG